ACUCUGUGCGCUGAUUGGACGGCAGCUGUGACGUAGACAGCGAACAGCGGAAGACGAGGACUCCGCAGCAGUAAAGAAGGGAUCACUUGCAGCCGUCAGGAUGCAGAGCACUACCAACUACCUGUGGCUGAUCUCAGACCUGCUGGGCCAGGGAGCGACGGCCAACGUUUACCGCGGCAGACACAAGAAAACUGGAGACCUGUACGCAGUCAAAGUCUUCAACAACCUGAGUUUUCUGAGGCCGCUGGACGUCCAGAUGAGAGAGUUUGAGGUUCUGAAGAAACUGAACCACAAGAACAUCGUCAAACUGUUCGCCGUGGAGGAGGAGGUCAGUAACGGUCACCCAGCUACGUCCAACACCCAUCACAAGGUCCUGGUGAUGGAGUAUUGUCCGUGUGGAAGUCUCUACACAGUGUUAGAGGAGUCGUCCAACGCUUACGGACUCCCUGAGGACGAGUUCCUCUUAGUUCUGCACGAUGUGGUGGCCGGUAUGAACCACCUGAGAGAGUACGGUAUCGUUCACCGGGACAUCAAACCAGGAAACAUCAUGCGUGUGAUCGGAGAGGAGGGCCGCUCCGUCUACAAGCUGACAGACUUCGGAGCAGCCAGAGAGCUGGAGGACGACGAGCAGUUUGUGUCUCUGUACGGCACCGAGGAAUACCUGCACCCAGACAUGUACGAGCGAGCCGUGUUGAGGAAAGACCACCAGAAGAAGUACGGCGCCACGGUGGACCUGUGGAGCAUCGGAGUCACGUUUUACCACGCCGCCACCGGCAGCCUCCCGUUCAGACCGUUCGAAGGGCCGCGCCGGAACAAGGAAGUCAUGUAUAAAAUCAUCACAGAGAAACCGUCCGGGACGAUCUCCGGUCAUCAGAAGAGUGAGAACGGGAAGAUCGAGUGGAGCACCGAGAUGCCGGUUUCCUGCAGUCUGUCCAAGGGUCUGCAGAGCCUCCUGACUCCGGUCCUCGCCAACAUCCUGGAGGCGGAUCAGGAGAAGUGUUGGGGCUUCGACCAGUUCUUCGCCGAGACCAACGACAUCCUGCACCGCACCGUGGUCUUCGUGUUCAGCCUGCAGCAGGCCACGCUGCACCACAUCUACAUCCACGAAUACAACACGGCGGCGCUGUUCCAGGAGCUGCUGUCUCGCCGGACCAGCAUCCCGCAGCACAACCAAGAGCUGCUGUACGAGGGCCGCCGUCUGGUCCUGGACCCCAACCGCCAGGCCAUGUCCUUCCCCAAAACCUCCACAGACAAUCCCAUCAUGCUCGUGAGCCGCGAGUCUGUUGCCACCGUGGGGCUCAUCUUCGAAGACCCCAGUCCUCCUAAAGUUCAGCCUCGCUACGACCUCGACCUGGACGCCAGCUACGCUAAGACGUUUGCAGGUGACGUUGGACAUUUGUGGAAGACGUCGGAGUCUCUGCUGGUUUAUCAGGAGCUGGUGCGGAAAGGAGUUCGAGGUUUAAUCGAGCUGAUGAAGGAGGACUACGGCGAGAUUCUACACAAGAAGUCGGAGGUUUUCCAUCUGUGUAACUACUGCACUCAGAUUCUGGAGAAGACUGAACAGCUGUUUGAGGUGUUGAUUCAGGCCAACAUGAUGUCAUCAGAGUAUGAUGAGAUCUCCGACAUGCACAAGAAAGUUCUCAGAGUCUCCAGCUCUCUGGAGCCCCUCGAACGAACAUCCCAAGACAUCAAGAGUAAAUUCCUCCCCGGAGGAAUGCUGACCGACGGCUGGCUGCAACAAGUGGGGACGCACCCCGAGGACAGGAACGUGGAGAAAAUCAAAGUGCUUCUGGACGCCAUCACGGCCAUCUACCAACAGUUCAAGAAGGACAAAGCUGAGAGACGUCUGCCGUACAACGAAGAACAGAUCCAUAAAUUUGACAAACAGAAGUUGGUGCUUCACGCCAGUAAAGCCAGAUCUCUGUUCACCGAGGAGUGUGCCAUGAAGUAUCGCCUCUUCAUCUCUAAGAGUGAAGAGUGGCUCAGGAAGGUUCAUCACGUGAAGAAGCAGCUGCUCAGUCUGUCGGGUCAGCUGAUGAGCAUUGAAAAGGAAGUGACGAUGCUGCUGGAGAGAGCCAUUAAGCUGCAGGAACAGCUGCCUCAGAAGGUUCUUCCUCUGGUGUCCAGCGGGAUGAAGCCUCAGGCCUACCUGAGCCAGAACACGCUGGUGGAGAUGACGCUGGGGAUGAAGAAGCUGAAGGAGGAAAUGGAGGGAGUCGUCAAAGAGCUGGCAGAGAACAACCAUUUCUUAGAGAGAUUUGGGACCCUGACGCUGGACGGAGGUCUGAGAGGUUGAAGGUCAGACCUCGUGGACAGAAUCUCAGCCUCGCCGUGGCGUUCGUCUCCUGAAGCUUCUGCAGUUUGUACAUAUUCUGUGUGUUAAUCUGUAAAUAAUGUGAGACUGGAAGAUGAAGCUUGUUUUUCUAUGUUAAUGAACACACAUUUGCCCUCGUACAGACUCUGCUUUAGGAACUAGGGAUGCACCGAAU